AUGGGUGGUGUAUUGGUUGGAUUGGGCUGGAUUUCUGUCUGCAUAUCUACAUCUGAUACUGAUUGUCUAAUGGGCUUAGGUCCACCUGAUGAGGAUCUGAGGCUCUUGAUUCUUAUCGAGGCAUAUAGCAUCCCUUAUGCUAUACAUCCCGGUAGAAACAAGAUGCCUCAGGACCUUCUGGUUUUAUAUUCAUGGAUUUGGUUGAAGAAGGAUGUUGCCGACUUUGUUGCGAGAUGUUUUGUUUGUCAAAAAACUGGGAUCCACAGUUUGCUUGAAGAUUUUGGAAGGCGCUACAUGAAGCUUUGGGUUCGGAGAUUCAUUUUAGUUCAGCUUAUCAUCCGCAGUUCGAUGGACAAUUGGAGAAGCUUCCAAAAGAGUAUUCAUAUGGCACCAUUCGAGGCUUUGUAUGGUCGGAGGUAUAGGACUCCUCUUUGUUGGUUCGAUAUGGAGGAGAAGAGGAACUUGGGUCCGGAGUUACUGGAUCGUAUUCACGACGUAUUGCAUGUUUCCAUUCUACGAAAGUAUCGAUCUGAUCCUUCUCACGUUGUGCUGGUUAAGGAGAUCGAGAUUAGGUCUGACCUUUUGUACAAGGAGGAACCAGUUGCAGUCUUAGAUCGUGAGGUUAAGGUGCUAGACGGUUCCGUUGGUGAAAGUUUUGUGGCGCAACCAUAA